AUGAAGUCCCUCCUCCUCCUCCCCGCCCUCCUCGGCCUCGCCUUCGCCCACCCAGCUCCCGAGCUUGACCCGCGCGCCGCUCCCCAAAUCGCUCACUUCUAUUUCCAAGCCGCCGCUACCGGCUACAACUUGACCGUCCCCGCCGACGGCAACUGGUAUCCUACCAACAACGGCCUAAACGUCAACAUCAUCACCGCCCUCGACUUCACCGUCACCCAGUGCGAGUUCGCCACGCACCAGCAGGUCGCUUUCGCCUACCAGCUGAGCGGUGCCGACCCUUAUCCCAAGGAGCAGUUCGCUGUUGGACCGCCGCAGCCGAUUGACAGGGUUAGGUGCCAUGGUUAUUGUUUGCAGAUUUAUCAGGACUGUUACAAGAACGGACAGUUCGUUGGCUCCUGCUGCAAUGGCUUCUGCGCGGCGAAUAAGUGCCGCCCGUAUGUCUAUCCUCAGGAUAUCCCUUGGCCUAACUGA